CGAUCUUCGAACCGUCAUCAGCACUGGACAGUGUGCUUGCCUAGGCGGAAUACGCGAGAGGGAGAGAGAGGAUUAGGGAUGGGGAGGAGAAUUCUGAAUGAUGCACUGAGAACUAUGGUGAAUGCAGAAAGGAGGGGGAAAGCUAUUGUGGAGUUGAAGCCCAUCUCCGCUGUCAUAUCCUCCUUUCUCAGGAUCAUGAAAGACCGAGGCUAUAUCAAGGACUUCGAAGUCUUUGAUCCGCAAAGAGUGGGGGGUAUAACAGUUCAACUUCAAGGCAGGAUUAAGGAUUGCAGAGCCCUUACAUACCGACAAGAUAUCAAGGCAGUGGACAUUGAAAAAUACAGAUUGAAAACUCUUCCAACACAUCAGUGGGGCUAUGUUGUGAUUACAACCCCUGAAGGCGUUUUGGAUCAUGAGGAGGCCAUUAAGCGGAAUGUAGGUGGUCAAGUUCUUGGUUACUUUCAUUAGAAUUAAUCAUUACGAUGCUAUUUUGGCCUGAGCUAUAAUUGGUAUUGGCUGGAUAAUAUUGAAUGAAACGGGUGGUGAAAUGUGUGUCCAUCAUCUUCCAAUCUGGUUUUGUUGUCUAUUAUCCUGUUACUUUGUCCUGUAUGAAUUUUGUAUCAGUUCAUGCUUGAUGAGGGGGAUGUAUAUUAGAAUCUUCUCAUGCUUUCUUCUCCAGCGGAUGGUUUUUUUCUCAAUCGUGUUGGAAUAACACUGAACAAUUUCUUUGCAAGCUUUGAUCAUUAUACUAUACUGGGGAAGAAAUUCUGCUUUUGUCAA